GCCCCGCUCCGCUGCCGGCCCCGGCCCCGCUCCGGGCCCGCCGCCGCGCAUUCUCCAGUGUGAUUUGAAUGAAGUACCCUAAAGUAAAGGCCCUCUCCAGUGUUCCCGUCCACAGGCCUGGACAAGAUGCCAAAGCAGGAAAAUGGCCAAAGGGAAGAUUCUCUCAUCCAGAAUGACCUCAGUGAAUCAUUUGAAGAAGAAGUUAGAGCCUUCCUCGGUGAUGAAGAGAAACUGCAUCUUUUCGACGACCUCACCAAAGUGAAUCCAGUGACAACCAGGACAGUUCUGAAAUGUCUGCAAGCAAGAUACAGAGUCAACCUGUUCUAUACAAACGCUGGCUGCAGCCUGGUGGCUUUAAAUCCUUUCCAGCCUUUCUCCUGCCUCUACUCACCUGAGCUCAUGAGGGAGUACCACGCUGCACUUUGUCCUCAGGAUUUAAAACCUCACAUCUUUGCAGUGGCUGAGCAAACCUACAGGAAUGUCCAAAAGCAGAUGGACCCUGUGAACCAGUCCAUCAUUGUGAGUGGAGAAAGUGGUGCUGGGAAGACCUGGACCUCUCGCUGCCUCAUGAAGUUCUAUGCCUCUGUUGCUGCCUCAGCUAUCUCCCCAAAAGGCAAUGAAACUGUGGAAAGGAUAGAGAAGAGAGUGCUGGAUUCCAACCCUGUCAUGGAAGCUUUUGGGAAUGCCUGCACCCUGCGGAAUAACAACAGCAGCAGGUUUGGGAAAUACAUCCAGCUCCAGCUGGACAGAUUCCAUCAUCUGACUGGUGCUUCCAUCCAGACUUUCCUUCUGGAGAAAACAAGAGUUGCCUAUCAGGCCCCCAAUGAAAGAAACUUCCAUAUUUUUUAUCAGAUCACAAAAGGUGCUACUGCAGAGGAGAGGCUGGAGUGGAACCUUCCAGAAGGGGCUGAGUACCGCUGGCUGCCAAACUCUGAAAGAAACUUAGAUGAGGACUGCUUCGAGGUGACCAGAGGGGCAAUGUUCCACCUGGGCAUCGGCCCUGCCACGCAGAGCAACAUUUUCAAGGUGUUAUCAGGCCUUCUGCACCUUGGGAACGUUCAAUUCUCUAAUCCAGGGGAUGAAUCUCAGCCUUGUGAACUGGAAGACAAAACCAAAGAGUUUGUGAAGAGCACGGGGGAUCUGCUCCAGAUUCCCACUGAGGAGCUCCUGGAAUCUUUAAGGAUCCGAACAAUCACUGCUGGAAAACAGCAGCAAGUGUUCAAGAAGCCGUGCUCCAGAGCUGAGUGUGAGACCAGGAGGGACUGCCUGGCCAAAGUCAUCUAUGCCAGGUUGUUUGAGUGGCUGGUUUUGGUCAUCAAUGAAAACAUCUACACUGAUCCCUCAGUGUGGACCAGCUUCAUAGGUUUGCUGGAUGUUUAUGGGUUUGAAGCCUUCCCUGAAAACAACUUGGAGCAGCUCUGCAUUAAUUAUGCCAAUGAGAAACUGCAGCAGCACUUUGUAGCUCACUACCUGAAGGCACAGCAGGAAGAAUAUGCAGCUGAAGGCCUGCAGUGGUCAUUCAUAAACUACCAGGAUAACCAGAACUGCCUUGAUCUGAUAGAGGGAAAUCCUCUCAGCAUUUUUUCCUUGCUGAAUGAGGAGUGUCGUCUGAACAGAGCCUCCAACACUGACCUGUUCCAGACCAGGAUUGAGAAAGCCUUGUCCAGUAAUCAGUGUUUAAGUCGAGAUAAGUUUAGUAAGAAGCCCAACUUUAUCAUUUCACAUUAUGCUGGCAAAGUCUGCUACCAGCUGGCAGCAAUGGUGGAGAAAAAUAAGGAUGCUGUUCCACCAGAGCUGGUCCACGUUUUGCAGAAGUCAAAGGACCCUUUGCUUCAAAAAUUAUUUCCUGUGACAGAAAAGAACCAAAAUAACACCAAAACCCAGAACAGAGCAGCUGUGGUUACAGUGGUGUCCAAGUUCAAGAGCUCCCUGGAGCAUCUGAUGGAGAUUUUGAGCAGAACCACACCCCACUACAUCCGCUGCAUCAAGCCCAACGCUGACUGCAAGGCCAUGACUUUCAGGAGAGAAGAGGUUCUCAGCCAGCUCCAGGCCUGUGGAAUAGUGGAAGCCAUCAGCAUCAGUGCAGCAGGUUUCCCAGUCAGGAUCCCUUUCCAAAGUUUCACUGAGCGUUACAAGCUACUGAGAAAAUCCUGGGGCUCCAGUAAAAAAAGAGUGUGGAGUAAAAGCAGCUCUCAUCCUGCUGAGAAAAAAGCUUACCUGGACUCUGCUGCUUCUUCCACCUUUUGCAAACUUCUCUUUCUCUAAGCAAGAGUGAGGAUGGACUUUAACAAACACAAUGCAGCCCACAGGUGAUGACAAAGCACCACGUGCU